GAGGAGAGGAGAGGAGAGGAGAGGAGAAAAAUAAAAUAAAAAAGGCCACAAAGCCAAGAAAGCUCUCACAGAAAGGAAAAGGGCUCAAAAGAAAGCUGGUUUCAGAAAGCAAAGAGCUUUUCCCUUCACGUCCCCCUCUCUCUCUCUCUCUCUCUCUCUCUCUCUCUCUGCCCAUUAUCAGGCUUUGUGUUUCAGUAAAGCUGAGUUGAACCCACUAUUCAACAUAGCUCCACCACGACCACAAGAGCUCUGUGCAGGUGUGUGUGUGUGUGUGGGCAUAAGAUUUUCUCUCUCACACCAGCACCAAUCCAGAUACACACAACAUAAAUAUUAGCCCGAGACCCUCCCAUAUGUUCCAUAACUCUCCUCCUCCCAACUCUCCUCCUUCCAACGCUGCUUGUUCUGCCGUCAACCCCCCAGAGAUCAAUGCCUUCUCCAACAGCAAAAGGCGGAGAAGGCCCGCAGGCACUCCAGAUCCGGAUGCAGAAGUGGUUUCGCUGUCGCCGAAGACCCUCCUCGAGUCCGACAGGUACGUGUGCGAGAUCUGCAAUCAAGGGUUCCAGAGGGAUCAGAACCUGCAGAUGCACCGGAGGCGGCACAAGGUGCCGUGGAAGCUGCUGAAGCGGGACCGCGGGGCGGCCGAUCAGGAGCAGGCGCGGAGGAAGCGGGUGUACGUGUGCCCCGAGCCGAGCUGCCUCCACCAUGAUCCGUGCCACGCGCUCGGGGACCUCGUGGGGAUCAAGAAGCACUUCCGCCGGAAGCACAGCAGCCACAAGCAGUGGGUCUGCGAGCGGUGCUCCAAGGGCUAUGCCGUGCAGUCCGACUACAAGGCCCACCUCAAAACCUGCGGCACGCGAGGACAUUCCUGCGACUGCGGCCGCGUCUUCUCCAGGGUAGAGAGUUUCAUAGAACACCAAGACUCGUGCACCGUCCGCCGGGCUCAGCCACCAGAGAUGCAGGCGGCUCAGCCAGCCUGCUCGUCCCAAACUGCUUCGAGCACUAGCCCUUCAAGCGAAGCCAAUUUCGGCGUUCCGCUCUCAUCUUUUCCGGGGUUCCGAAUGCCAAAACCAGCGGAGAUCCUCUUCCUCAACUCAGACAUGUACAAUCCCUCAACCCCUUCUACCCACCACAACCUUGAGCUUCAGCUACUGCCGUCGUCGAGCCUGUGUGGGACGCGGAACUUGAAGGAAAAUUUCGCGGACAACCUGAAGCUUUCGAUCGGCACAUUGUCCACCGAUGUGAACAGGGACGAAUUAGCCUUCACCAAGAGAUCUUCUACAAUGUGGGAUCAUUAUUACGGGCGCGAACCCGAGAUGUCGGAGGCCGCGAGCAUGAGGGAGUUUGCGAGCGAGCAAAUAAAGCUGGCUGUAGCCGAGAAGGCGUUCGCCGAGGAGGCGAGGCAGCAGGCGAAGAGACAGGUCGAGAUAGCGGAGCUCGAGCUGGCCAACGCCAAGAAGAUGAGACUGCAAGCUCAGGCCGAGCUCGAACGAGCUCAACUGCUGAGAGAACAAGCCACCAAGAAGAUCAGCUCCACCAUCAUGCAGAUCACUUGCCCGGCCUGCAAACGACAGUUCCAGACAACGUCUGUCGGUGCGGCAGCAUGCGACGAGACCUCUCUCGCCAUAAGCUACGUGUCUUCAGCUACCACGGAAGGAGAGGGAGAGUAAUUAUUGUGUUGAAUAGGUUGAACAAUAAUUUUAUAUUUUUUUUUCUUUGAGCUCUAAAUUAGAAUGGUUUUUAUUAAGUUCUACUCUGGUUGAGAAGUCCCUCCUUAUUUGUGCCUUCUCUUUCCUCUUCCCCAACUAAUUCAUUGUUCGUCCUCAAUUAAUUUGCUCAGAAACAGUGUCUGACCAAUGUUGGAGUGUGUCUUUGUUGCUUUUGGUGGUUUUCUUCUUGGAGUUAUGCGAGAUACAGACUAAUGUACAAAUUUGAUGUCCUAAUUGGCCUGGACUGAUCGUGCGUACUUUGA